UACAAAGAUAAUAUUCUUUUAAAGUUAGAUCAAUUACUUAAAAAUUCACUAUCUCUUAUAACAGUAAAGUCAUCUAUGGAUACUACAAUUGAACAAGUUACUUUUCAAAAAAAUAAAUUUGGAGUCAUAUUUUCAAUAGCUAAAAUAGAAAUUAACAUUGCUUUAAAAACUAAAAGUAAUAAAGAAUUAGUUCAAUUACUAAAGGGCUUUAUUUUAGCUAAACAAAAUGUUGGUAAUAAUAAUUCAAGAAUAGAAAACAAUAAAAUUCAAAAUAAUGAUA